UUUCCCAUUUAUUGUCUAGAAUGUCUACUUGGUUCCCUAGCAUCGAGCCGAUCAGCGUGGAGAAUCCCUGGGAGUGGUCGAUCGCUGCGAACGAGGAGGCGCUGCUAGCUCAGGAGGAGGCCGAGCUCGAGGAGAAGUGGAACGAGAUCAAGACUGCGAACGAGGGGAUUAUCCUGGGCAAGACGACGGCAGAGAACGAUCCGGAGGAGUACGAUCAAGAUGGGGAGGAGGAGGAAGUCGACAAUGUGGAGGAGGAAAGCGAAGGGGAAGAGUUUGAGCAAGAGACCGUUUGAGCAGCUACAGUAGUAGUUUUUGUAGGAUGAGCUCCAAAGCGACCGAUCGGGUCGUGAUCCAUCUGGAUGUCGAUUGCUUCUAUGCUCAAUCUGAGAUCUUGCGACGUCCUUGGCUUCGAGAUCGACCAGUCGGUGUCACUCAGAAGUUCCUUGUUGUUACUUCCAACUAUGUAGCUAGGCAGCUUGGAGUCCCGAAAAUGGUUCCUGUUGACGAAGCCAAGAGAUGUUGCUCGGACUUGGUGCUGAUCAAUGGAGAGGACCUCACGCCUUAUCGGUAUGCAAGCAAGCUGAUCAUGGAAGUCAUCAAGAGAUUCGGGACGGUUGAGAAGAGAGGUCUGGACGAGUGUGCGGUGGAUGUCACUGAAGAAGUUCUCAAACGCGUUGCAAGUGCCAAUCCAACUUCUUUUGUCGGCCAUGUACUCGGCGGUGAUUUAACUACGCAAGCUACCCAGGGAGACCUAUUGUUGAUGGUGGGAACUCAGUUAGCUGCUGAAAUUCGCUGCGCGGUUGAAAAAGAAACUGGCUAUCAGUGCUCCUGCGGCAUUUCUCACAAUAAAAUGCUGGCGAAAAUGGCUUGCUCGCUAAACAAGCCAGAUAAGCAGACCUGUAUUACUCAGUCAGCUGUAAACGAUUUCAUUGUUCCUUUACCAGUUCGCAAGAUCCCGGGAGUUGGAAGGCAGACAGAGGCAACUCUAAAAGAAAUGGGAGUGGAAACCAUGGGAGAUAUGCAAAGUCUUACUCUGGCGCAAUUGUCUUCCAAGUUUGGGGAUCGAUUUGGAAACCAGCUGUUUGAUGCAUGCCGUGGCCACGACUACAGUCGUGUUCAAGACAAGGGCUUUUCAAAGUCUCUCUCGGUUGAGGAUUCCUUCAAACCAUGCUCUUCUCUGGACCAAGCAAAAGAGAUUCUAAGCUGUCUUGCUCCGGAUUUGAUUGCGAGGCUCGACGAAGACAAAGCCGAGACGGAACGUACACCGAAAACUUUUACAGUGAAAUGGAAGUCUCGAGGGGUCUGGAAAUUCACGAGCACAUCAGCUGGGAUGCCUGCAGAGCUGCUAUUGGCGACCGUGCCUUUGGGAAGAAGAACGCAAGUGCUGGUCGAGACAGGCUUGAGACUCCUUUCUCAAAGCCUCCAGGGUCGUGAGUUUUGCGUCCUUAACAUUGGUGCAACAAACUUUAUAAAAGAUGGCUCUCCAAGCUCGGCAGAUAUACGCUCCUUCAUGGCGAGACCAUGCAACACACAGUCGGGCGUUUCACCAACCCAAGUUCGUGGGAAGAGACAGGCAAGAAUCGAGAGAGAAGAAUCGACACACAUCAGCAAAGUUUCAGUGUGUAUUCCUGCGAGCUCUUCCAGUCCAACCGAAUUUGAAGAGGAUGCGGAAGACGUCUCAGCGGACAGCUUUAAAUAUUCUUUUCAAGUUCCAGGGCCUGAAUCGAGGAGGAUUGGACUGGAAAAUAAUAGCUGCUGCUCCCAGUGUGGCGUGGAAUUUCUAGACGAGCGAACGAAGCAGCAACAUUUGGAUUUUCACUUGGCUUUACAGCUGCAGAAGUCCGAGAAUCGAUGGCUCGAUGCCAUUACGCCUCCACGCAAGAAAAGACAACGAAAUGGUACACUUGACUUUUUCCUGUUGAAGUAAGGUGUACUCUUUGAACUCAAAAAAUGCCAUAUGUUAAUCUUCUGGAUUGUAA